GAGGAGCGGCGCUGCCCGGGAGAGAGAGCGCUUUAACUCCGAGCACUCGGCACCUGCCAACACUCCAAUGCCGUGCAGUCGUGGGCUUGUUGUAUGAAGUUUAGAACUGGGUUUGGACGAGCUGCUCAUCUCGGAGCGUGGAUUCUUAAAGCUGCUCCUACUGGAUGUACACGGUCCCAUAGUCUUACGGCUUCGUAUUGCAGCUUCGCUGGAAGUGAAUGAUAAAUUUCUCACUGGACAGCUACGCAAAGACACCGCGGAAAGCUGGAGAGUGGAUUUUUAAUCCGUGACCCUAAGGCUCGGCGCUCGUCGUGCCCGGUGCGUGCCGUCUAUGAUGAUUCGAGUCGUUCUUUCAUGAAAAUCGCCUGCCGCUGCCGAGUGGAAUGUGAAGCCAUACCUGCCAGUCUGCGCCCUGGAGCAGCUCUAGCGGAGUCUAAAGUGUCCCGCGGAGGCCCCCGCCUUUCUAAAUCUGGUGUCACCAUGGCGACAUUGGCUCUACCUAUGUUCUUGCUGACGUUGUGCUUCCCUGGCAUCCUUGGGAACCGGCAGUCCGCUCCCCGAGUGCACCUUUCCUAUAAAGAACUGAUGGAGACUCGCACAGCUCGUCCUUUCAGUUUCUCCUUCAACACAAGUGAUUAUCGAAUCCUGCUGAUGGACCAAGACCAGGAUCGACUCUAUCUUGGCAGUCGGGAAUAUGUAGUGGCAUUGGACAUGCAGAACGUCAACAAGGAGCCUCUUAUUAUCCAUUGGCCAGCUUCUGUGCAGCGCCGUGGUGAAUGUAGGAUGGCAGGAAAAGGAGAACAGGGAGAAUGUGCCAAUUAUGUGCGGCUGGUAGAGCCAUGGAAUCGCACUCAUCUGUAUGCCUGUGGGACUGGAGCUUACAGUCCUGUGUGCACUUUCAUCAACCGUGGUUGGAAAUCUGAGGAGUACCUAUUUCGUCUUGUACCAGGAAAGGCUGAAUCUGGGAAAGGAAAGUGUCCUUAUGACCCCAGACAGGAGAAUGUUGCAUUACUUGUAGAUGGCAGUCUUUAUGCAGGGGUCCACGUUGAUUUCAUGGGUACAGAUGCUGCUGUCUUUCGAACCUUGGGGAAGAGACCAGCUGUACGCACCGAGCAGUAUGAUUCCCGUUGGCUCAAUGAUCCUGUGUUCAUCCAGAUGCAUGUGAUCCCAGACAGUGCUGAAAAGAAUGAUGAUAAGUUGUAUUUUUUCUUCCGGGAGAAGUCAUUGGAAGGAGGAAGCAGUCCCAAUGUGCUGUCUCGUGUUGGCCGGAUAUGCCUGAAUGAUGAUGGAGGGCAGCGCUCUCUAGUGAACAAGUGGACCACUUUCCUUAAAGCAAGACUAGUGUGCUCUGUCAUUGGAGAGGAUGGAGUAGAGACGUAUUUUGAUGAUCUCAGAGACAUGUUUAUCCAGCCAACCCAAGAUGAACGCAAUCCGGUACUAUAUGCAGUAUUCUCAACAACCGGGUCUGUCUUUAAGGGAUCAGCUGUAUGUGUCUAUUCCAUGUCUGACAUUCGGACAGUCUUCAAUGGACCAUUUUCGCAUAAGCAGGGCCACAAUUACCAGUGGACACCAUAUGCUGGGAAAAUUCCAUAUCCACGUCCUGGAACUUGUCCAGGAGGCACAUUCACUCCAGGUAUACGCACCACAAAGGACUUUUCUGAUGAAGUAGUGAAUUUCAUUCGUACACACCCGCUCAUGUACUUAUCAGUGUAUCCUUUGAAUCGUCGGCCUUUGGUGGUCAGGACAGGAGUUGACUAUCGUUUUACCACUAUUGCCGUGGACCAGGUCGAUGCUGUGGAUGGCCGUUAUGAAGUUCUGUUCCUUGGUACAGAUCGUGGGACAGUGCAAAAGGUAAUUGUGCUCCCUAAAGAUCCCAGCACCACAGAAGAGCUCAUUCUGGAGGAGGUUGAGGUGUUUAAGACUUCGGCACCUGUCAAAACUAUGAAGAUAUCAUCAAAAAGGCAACAACUUUAUGUUUCUUCAGAAGGCGGCUUGACUCAAGUUUCACUUCACCGCUGUGGUGUCUAUGGAAAAGCAUGUUCUGACUGCUGCCUAGCCAGAGACCCAUACUGCGCUUGGGAUGGGGAGAACUGUGCACCCUUUACUCCAGCUACCAAGAGGAGGAGUCGCAGACAAGACAUUAAAUAUGGGGACCCUUUGCGGCAGUGCCGGGGAUUCAAUGCUAAAGUGGAGAAGCGACUGGGUGAGACAUCUCAGUUUGGCGUAGAGGGCAGCACUGUCUUUCUUGAGUGUCAACCACGGUCACCACAGGCUUCAAUCAAGUGGCUAUUCCAAAAAGAUGGCACUGGCCGAAGGAAAGUGCUAAACCGUGAUAGAGAGGUUCUCAAGACUGGACUUGGGAUUCUCCUCAAAGGCAUCAGGAAAGAAGACAGUGGUUUAUAUCACUGUGUUGCCACAGAGAACAACUUCAAGCAUACUGUGGCACGGGUGGCUCUGCGCGUACUGGACAGAGAGAUUGUUGAUGCUCUUACAACCCCUGACAUCCCUAUUCACUCACAGUCCAUCCAGCUUGAACCAACUCCACACAGCUCUGUAAAGACCCCACCACAUAUUGUUGGGCAGCCAGAGAUCCGACUUAUUAAUCAGUAUUGUGAAUCCUACUGGCACCAGCUGAACCCAGCACAAAGGCCCAAGAGGACAAGCCGACAUGAUGAUGUCAAGGAUAUACCAGAACGGAGGGACUGAGGAGCCAUGUCUGAAUAUCAAUUUACGAUCUGCUUUGAGGGUAUGAAGCAGUGAUGCCCAGAUUCUCUCCCAGGUGCCAUUCCAGAGCAAUUUUGUUCUUAAAACCAGGUGCUUUAUACCUUCUCUGACUGACAGCACAGACCACUUUAUUGUAUAAAGCUACAAGCCUGAUAGUCAGUCACACAUUUUGGGUAUGCCAGAAAAUUGAAUCCCUAUCUGACUAACUUAUGUAGACUUCUAGCAACGAAUGACACAGAUUCACUUUCAGCUAGAUGGCAUUCCUCACUUUUGCACCCCUUGUAAAUGGUAGGGAAAGUGACAUAGUAGGCAAUAUGUAUGCCCCUUACAGUAUAUCAUUUGGGACUACACAUAGCCUUCACAACUUUGCGAAUUACCACUCCAAUAUUAGAGGUGGCUUACCUCAGAGAUUCAACUCUGUGACCCAGUAGCUAUUAGACUUUGAGGAAAAAGCGAGGGGAACCAUGUAGAUGGAUGCAGGUUUUUAUUUGCAAAUUCCCAUUGGAAAAUAACAUUUACAAAUUCCUGGUAGGUUAUGCAACAACAUAAACCAGAGGCUAAGAUCAAGCUGAUUGUUCAAUGAAUUACAGCUGCUCAAUGAUUUCAUGCACAAGUGGAUAUACCAAGGCACCCAGCAAAUACAUUCCUUACUAUUUCUCUUCCUAAUUUAAGAAUCUAAUAAAGUGAUUAUGUAAUUCGUGUUGUUUGUUCUGUACAAUGUAAGCAUACCAACCCACAUUUAUUUCUGACACUUGCAGAAAUAAACAAAAAAGCCACAAGAGAAAUGUCACCAUGGGACAUUUCUCUUGCCUUCCAGUUCCUGUAGCUUUCUUUCUAGUCUACAUCUUACAUAUUAAACAUUCAAGAAUAUAAAAAACAUCAUUCUUCCACUGCACUUUCAUCCCUGUUCAUUUAGAUAUAUGUUAGCAAAGAUUUGUACUGAUUUUCUUUUUUGUAAACUGACUGAGUUGGAAUGUGGAUUCCUUUUUAUGUGGAAGGAACAUCACUUUGUUUGAGUUAACAUACCACAGUUGGCAGACAUUUGAAAAGGAACAGAGCUAUUGUAUCACAGAAAUGAGAAGUUGAAAACAUGCAAAGGACCAGCUUCCUGAAUUUAUAGAGAGCCCAUUUCCUGCACUAAAGACAGUUCAUGAUCAAAUAUAUUGUGCUUCUUCAUGUUUUAUUAUUUUGACUGAUUUUUUAGGUGGAAAAUUAUAAAAGAGGAGAAAGUUAUUUGUAUGACAAUGUGGCAACAUGGUGAUCUAGUGGCAUAAUGUCAUAUAUCUACCCAAGUAACCUAUCUAUGGAAAUUUUAAAAAGUAAUUUAGAGACACAUUUGGCUUACAUCAGGCUCAGUGUGACUCUGAAAUGGAUAGGUGUGUUAGAAAAUGUAUGGAUGGUUAUAUAUUAGUGUGCGUGCUUGUUAUUUGUGGUAAUUUUGCAAAGUUUUAUGUUUAUUCAAGAUACAUAGACUUAUAGCCAACAUCCUAAACUGCUAAUUCUCUUAUACAACAAAUUCUAUCGCUACACUUCUAUUCUGUUGCAUUUUGAGAAACCUCCUUAAAUUCUAUGACCUGUAGGCUAUAGAAUAUUCUUCAUCACAUUAAGCCCUGAUUAUAUCUGUUUUCCCAGAGUAAGGUCAAAUAUGAAUGUGACCCGACAUUUGCGCGAUAGACAUAUGCGCGCCGACAAAAUAGCGCCGAUUAAAACACGCCGACAAAAUCGC